AUGGAGGACAGGAAGAGGCCGGCCAUCGCCGACACCGACGAAUAUGCGCCCCCCAGCAAGCGGCAGGCUGUGAAUGGCGGCGCCAGCAAGGUCAAGGAGGACCCCAAUGGCGAGUACCGCGAUGAAGCAUGGCUCGAGGACUUCCAAAAAGAUGCCAUCAUCCGCCAAAUGAACGAAUACAAGAGAGAAAACGCCACGUUGGAAGCAAGGAUCGAAGAGAUACAAAAGCGCUCGACGUACCAUGACGACCAUAUCCGCAUUGCCGACGCAUGGGUGCUUCAGUUAUUACAAGAGAUCGAACUCCUUUGCGAAGGCACUGUUUCCACACACCCAAACUCGAAAGAAUUUCCAUAUCCAUCUGCGCUGAGCUUUAAGGACAGCCGCGACUUUCAAAAACAUAUUGGCGAGAAGACGAAGCUGGUCAAGACACGACUUGAGACCUUACUUAACCGAUUGUCAGGUUUCCGUGAGGCCAUUAAGCCCGAAGUUGUCCAAAUGGAGUCGCAAAUCAAGCAUCUGCUGGCUGCACAAAAAGACUACGCGCUGAAGCUGGAGCGGUUGGAGACAGACAAGGACGAUAUAUCACAACAGCUUGAUACCGCGACGCUGCGAUAUAUUAAGGCAGAGAAGCGGAUAGAUCGAAUGCGAAGUGCACAGGUGCAAAAGAUGGAAGAGAAGGCUCUGGCGCACGUCACGGCGCGACCAGCACCUGCCGAAAAUGGAAACGCCGACCAACCCGCAGCAAAUUCAGCCAGCCUGGACGCUCUGCAAGGAAAAUACGACGAAUCCCUCGCAGUCAUCAACAAGCAAAAGGAGCAGCUGGACAAAAUCCUCGGCGAGAUGAAGACCUUGCAGGACGAGAACACCACGUUCCGCUCGAAGAAGGAGGCCGCCACCGAGGAAGACUAUGCCCGGACGGACCUCUUCAAGCAAGUUCGGAGUCAAAACGAAGACAUGAUAAGGCGGACGAAUCACCUCGAAUCAGCGAACAAGCAGCUGCGCGAGGAGAUUGAGAAGCUGCAGACUGAUCGGACAGCCUUCCGCACCAAGCUCGAUGCCGAGGCCCAGAGCGUGGCUAAUGACCUGGAGGACCAGAUCCAAGCGAAGGACCAGGAUCUUACGCGGAUCCGGUCGGCUCGCGACGAGCUGGUCGCUGAUGUGCAGAUCCGCAAGGCCUGCCAGGACCAGGAACGGACCGCGUUUGAGCACCUAAACGAGCUGGUGGCCGCCAAGGAGGACCGGAUAGCAGCACUCGAGAGCGAACUGGGACGGCUGCGCCCAACCGAGGGCGCCGAUACGACGACACCUAGCGCCGAGCUCGAGGCGCUCUCCCCUGAAGCGCUGCGCGAACGCUUUGCCAAACUGGAAAAGGAUUUCAUCUUGAUCCAGAACGAGAUGCCGUCUGUGGAAAAGGCGUAUAAGAAGGCGAUCGGUCUUGCGCAGAAGAAAGUUAUGGACUUUACUGCGUUGGAGGAGCGCGUGACCAUGUUAACGCUCGAAAAGGCCAAGGCCGAUCAAAAGUACUUUGCUGCGCGCAAGGACAUGGACAUCCGCAUUGCUGAGAUCCGCGCACUCCGCCACCAAAACAGCAAGAGCUCCGAGAUUAUUGCAUCUCUCAAGGACGCCGAGGCACAGAGCCGUUCGGUGCUCAGCAACUUUGAAAAGCAGCUGGCUGAUUUCCGGCAGGCCAACACGACCAUUGCCGAGGAGAGCCGGCAGCUUAAGGCGACAAAUGCCGAUGUGGCGCGGCGGUUGGAGUCUAGCAAGGCUCAGAUUGCCGAGCUGGCGAAUCUGGUCAAGCAGAAGGAUGCGGCGAAUGCAGCGAUGCGCGAGCAAGGAGCCAACCAGGAGACUGAGCACGAGAAGAUCAAGGUUCGCCUAACACAUGUGCAGAAGGACCGGGACAGUUGGAAGUCCAAGUGCCUUGCCAACUCUUCUGAAGAGGAGGAAAUGCUCAGAAAAUUCGCAUUGUGCUCGGUCUGCCGUCACAACUUCAAGAACGCCAUCAUCAAGACCUGCGGGCACGUCUUUUGCCAGACAUGCAUCGAUGCGCGGUUGAGCAACCGGAUGCGCAAAUGCCCGUCGUGCAACAAGGCCUUUGACAAGAUGGACGUUAUGUCGGCUCACUUUUAG